UCCCGCUCAAGAGCGCGGACAGGAGCGCGUGCGCGUGUCACCGGCUCGGGGAGGAGAGUGGAGGACGCACUGAGGUCGGCUAGUCAGUCUGGUGCCCGGCAUGGCGGGUGUGCUGCUGCGGCUGUUGCCUCUGCUUAUGGCGGGGCUGGAGCGAGCUCUGGCUCUCAGCCUGGCGCAGCCCCGGAGCUUAGCCAACGGAGAAGGUACUGAACAGCCAUGCCCACCAUCUAAGUUCUCAUGUGGUGCUGGCAUCUGCAUCCCCUCUGAGUGGCUGUGUGAUGGUGACAGAGACUGUCCAGAUGGCAGAGAUGAAACUUCCUGCUGGGCAGAGCCUUGUGCCCACGGGGAGGAACGGUGUCCCUCUGAAACAUGUUUCCCAGUUAGAUGUGAAGGUCCUGAAUGUGCUGUCUUGUGGACUCAGGCCCGCUGCCCCCCACCUCCCUGCCUGGCUAAACAUCGAUUUUGUGAUGGAGUCAGUGAUUGUCCCAAUGGCACAGAUGAGCAGUUUGUGGACUGCAAGAAACACCGUUUGAAGCCGUCCUCCUUAGAUUGUGCUAAGGAGGGGUUCCAGUGUGCCCCAGGAGUUUGCAUUCCACAUGCAUGGGUGUGUGAUGGACACUCAGACUGUGCCAGUGGCAACGAUGAACAUCAUUGUGGGGUGACACAGAUUCCUGGAGACCAGAACACCACCUCAGCUGUGUCUCUCACCUCAGUUUAUGGAAAUCUCACUACUUCAGAAAGACAAAGUGCCUAUGACCUGGUCACAGCAGCAGGGGUGACACAAGCUCCUAGAGACCAGAACACCACCUCAGCUAUGUCUCUCACCCCAGGUCAUGGAAAUCUAACCCCUUCAGAAAGACGAAGUGCAUAUGGCCUGGUCAUGGCCGCAGCUGCUCUGAGUGGAGUUCUGGCUGCUGCCUGUCUCCUUGUGUGUUGCCAGACCUGGGCCCAAGUCCGGUGGCGCCUCCUCCCCCAGCCAAAUCUGCUGGAAGCUGUGAAGGAGUCACUGCUGAUACCUGAGAGGACACCAUCGCCCUUACUAUGAGUGCCAGUUUGCCUACCUUUUGGUCCUCCAGGACUGCUCAUGCAUUUGUGAAAUUGGCCCAGGCUUCCCUGGGGCUGAAUCAAGAGUCUUCUAGGAGGAGGAAAGGCAAAGGAGGAAAGGGAGAGAGACUGUUAGUUGUACAAAUCUCUUCCUCAUAAGCCUCCAUCUCAAGCUACCUCUCUCUUUAAGGCAGCCAAUAGGUCCUGACUUUGAUGCCUUCUUCUACCCUGGGAGGCCCUGCAUAUCUGGCUGGGUGUGAAUCUUGGUUCUUUCCAAUAGAAUGCAUCCUACUUGCAUGGGGAUGGGGGUGGGGAAUUAACUUAUCUCCAGCAGUGGACAGGAUACUAGGCCUGUUCACUCUCUGAGGGAGCUGGCUCCAUGGGCUGUGCUCUUUGCUGAGCAAUGGUGGGUAUUAGCCAUAGGAUGGGGCUGAUGGCCCAGGGGUGAGUAACUCCAUUCAGACACUACAGGUGAAGGAGAGAAUAGCCUCUAUACCUAGGAUGAGCUACAGUUCAGUAAUUAAAAUACUUUUUCAAAACUUA